AUGAGCACAGGAGAACCAGCAACAGGAAAAAAUGUGAAAAUAGGAGAACCAGCAAUAAGAAACAAAAUUAACAUAGUAGAACCAGCAACAGAAAACAAAGUGAACACAGGAAAACCAGCAUCAGGAAACAAAGUAAACACACCAGUACCAGUAAAGGAAAACAAAAUGAAUGCAUCAGAACCAGUAAAGGGAAACAAAUUGAGCACAGGAGAACCAGCAACAGGAAGGGAUUCUUCUGUGUUCAGUAUAUUUUCCCUUACUGAUUCUCCAAUAUUCAGUUUGUUUCCUUUUCCUGGUUCUCCUGUUCCUAGUUUGUUCUCCUUUACUGAUUCUGGUGUAUUCAUUUUGUUUCGUACUGCUGGUUCUGGCAUGUUCACUUUGUUUCUUGUUGCUGGUUCUCCUGUGUUUACUUUGGUAAGGGAAAAUAUACUGAACACAGAAGAACCAGCAACGGGAAGCACAGUGAAUGCACCAGAACCAGUAAAGGAAAACAAUUUGGAUAUAGGAGAACCAGCAACAGAAAACAAAGUAAACAUAGGAGAAUCAGCAAUAGAAAACAAAAUGAAUGCAUCAGAAUCAGUAAAAGGAAACAAACUGGGAACAGGAGAAUCGGCAACAGGAAACAAACUGAACAGAGGAGAACCAGUAAUGGAAAACAAACUGAACACAGAAGAACCAGCAACAAGAAACACAAUGAACACAGGAGAAACAGCAACAGAAAGCAAAUUGAGCACAGGAGAACCAGCAACAGGAAACAAAGAGAACACAAGAGAACCAUCAAAAGGAAUCAAAGUGAACAUACCAGAACCAGCAAUACGAAACAAAAUGAAUGCAUCAGAACUAGUAAAGGAAAAGAAAUUGGGCACAGGAGAACCGGCAACAGAAAACAAACUGAAGACAGGAGAACCAGCAAUAGGUAAGAAUGUGAGCAUAGGAGAACCAGCAACAGGAAACAAACUGGACACAGGAGAACCAGUAACAGGAAGCAAAGUAAACACAGGAGAAGCAGCAACAGAAAUCAAAGUAAACACAGGAGAACCAGCAACAGAAUCCAAAGUGAAUAUAAGAGAAUCACCAAUAGGAAAGAAAGUGAAAACUGGAGAAACAGGAAAUAAAGUGAACACAGGAGCACCAGCAACAGUAAACAAAGUAGAAUCAGUAAGAGGAAGCAAAGUGAGCACAGCAGAAUCAAUAAUGGUAACCAAAGUAAGCAAACCAGGACUAACAAAGGGAAACAAAGUGGUAAUAGCAAAACCAACAAUGGGAAACAAAGGAAGCACAGAAGAAUCAAUAAAAGGAAACAAAGUGAACAUAGCAGAACCAGCAGUAGGAAACGAAGUAAACAGAUCAGAACCAAUAAUGGGAAACAAACAAAAUCUUAAAGAUAUAAAAAAUCAUAGGUUCACAAAUUAUUACAGUAAACAGGCGAGACUGAUAAAAAAGACAAAUGAGAAAGCAGUGGUUGAAGAUAGCAAUAUAGAGAACUUUUAUUAUAAUAUGCGUGGUCCAGUGAAUACAGAUGAAGUAAUGACACAUUGUUCUACUGUAUAUUUUCCAUCAAACAGGGACACUAUAACAAUUGUUGGACACUUAAAGAAUGGGACUGAAUUAAACGAUGCAAUCACAUCUACCAAUGACAUUACAAAUAUCCAAGAAAGUAUACCAAAACAAUACAGUGGGCUGGAUAUUAAAUUAACGUCGAAACACAAAUACACCAAACUAACGCAGUAUCGUAUAGACAGGUACAGCGAAGGGAAAGAAAGCGAAACCUCUAGUCCUAACACUGACACUGACUGCUAUCUGAACAAAGGCUUAACUAAUACAACAAUCUCAGUUGUACGUGGUGAUGACUGUACUCGUAAAAUAUCUAAGAAAACAAAAGCCAGAGACUCGAGUGGAGCCGUCGAAACAGAUAGGCAAUAUGUGGUGAAUGAACAAAAUAUGAUGAAAGUCUUUUGUCGAGUAAGAAACGAUCCCGAUAUUGAGAAUAAUGUGGCAAGAAGAACCUAUAACAGCUGUCGACAAGGGAUUCCUAGAAACUAUAAUAUAAAUUUCAGAGAUAUGGAAGAGAAAAUUCACGAAGAUAUAACCGAAAAGCAGAAAAAGGGCAAUGAAGACAGUAGAACAAACUGUCUUCAGAGCAUCCAUAGUCAUGUUGAAUUAAAUAGCCCUACAAGACAAGUUAAUAACGUGAUCACUACAGGUAACUUACAAUUGAGACGAUCUCAAUCUGAUAGUGACACCUUACUCACUGAACGACGAAGAAGGAUCAGAACCGAUGGAGGAAGGUCAACCUUCAAGUUCAAGGGUAAAGGGGAAGCUGCAUCAAGUUUUGACCUGACCAGAGACAUAGAUCUGGAGUAUCAAUUGAAUCAGAUUUACUUAGUUGUAGAUGAACCUCAGUCGGAGCGACUCCUCGUCCGACAGAAAAACAGUCCAGAAAGCAUCUGGAAGAAGAAGUUUUUGAAAGAACGAAAGAAAACUUCUGAGUUGGAACAUGAGUGUACUAAAAACAGGGACUUGUUAGAAAAAUUCCAUCGAGACCUUCUGGCGAAAUUAGAACUUGGUAUUAGUAACAAUGUUGUGACAGGGAAGGCUGGACUACCUUCGAAAAAGUUAAGUGCGAAAAUCGCAAUAGCUCGACUUCUUCAAGAAAUUGAAGAUCUGAAAAGUCGAGUAGAAUCUACUAAAUUCCGACACAAAGCUGAAAUUAAACUCACAUGUCUCGUUCAGAACGAGGUUAAGAUACUCCGUCGAGACCUGGUCAAGAAGAAAAUUCAAAUAACUUUACUGCGUAACCAAGAGCAGUGCGCAAUGGACAUGUCUCAAAGAGACAGUUAUAUCAGUAUUCUCUAGUCACUUUGACUCGAUGAAGCAGUGCGCAACGGACAUGUCUCAAGGCGUUAAUAUUCUCUAGUCACUUUGACUCGAUGGAGCAGUGCGCAACGGACAUGUCUCAAGGCGUUAAUAUUCUCUAGUCACUUUGACUCGAUGGAGCAGUGUGGGAUGGACAUGUCUCAAGGCAUCAGUAUUCUCUAAUCACUUUGACUCGAUGGAGCAGUGUGCGAUGGACAUGUCUCAAGGCGUUAAUAUUCUCUAGUCAAUUUGACUCGAUGGAGAAGUGUGGGAUUGACAUGUCUCAAGGCAUCAGUAUUCUCUAGUCAAUUUGACUCGAUGGAGCAGUGUGGGAUGGACAUGUCUCAAGGCAUCAGUAUUCUCUAGUCAAUUUGACUCGAUGGAGCAAUGUGGGAUGGACAUGUCUCAAGGCAUCAGUAUUCUCUAAUCACUUUGACUCGAUGGAGCAGUGUGCGAUGGACAUGUCUCAAGGCGUUAAUAUUCUCUAGUCACUUUGACUCGAUGGAGCAGUGUGUGAUGGACAGAGCUUUACGAGGCAGUUACAUCAGUAUUCUCUAGUCACUCUGACUCUAAGAACAAGCCAGCUGCAACAGUAUUGUCUCGUCAUACUGAAAUUAUUUGUAUAAUGAAAUUUCCUACAUAAAGACCACUAACAUUCUGUAUCAAAAAUUCAGUGUAAUACAAAUCACAAUGAAUUGACUAAAACUAAACAAAGUUGAAAUAUUGUAAUAAGAGUAUUGGUUGUGAUUCCUCCAUUAUUUAACCUUUUUCUGUAUUGAUCUCGGAGCAAGAAAAAAAAACAACAUAUCGAAUGUAAACUGUUGCUAAGCAAUAUGUGGCUCCAUCGUGGGACUGCAAA